CGCGUUCCCACCGCCGUACGGCGAGAUGGCGACGCCCGCGCUUCCGCUGCGCCGCGCUUGGCUACCGCGGCUUCCCGUCGCUGUGUCGCGCAGUUGCCCGUCGGAGCGACAGCACGGUCAGUCGGCGGCCGGACAGGGAAGAUGGACGCAGCCACUUUGACAUAUGAUACUCUCCGGUUUGCUGAAUUUGAAGAUUUCCCCGAGACCUCAGAGCCUGUUUGGAUUCUGGGCAGAAAAUACAGCAUUUUCACAGAGAAGGACGAAAUCUUGUCUGAUGUUGCAUCCAGACUUUGGUUUACAUACAGGAGAAACUUUCCAGCUAUUGGGGGAACGGGCCCUACUUCAGACACAGGCUGGGGCUGCAUGCUUCGGUGCGGACAGAUGAUCUUUGCCCAGGCCCUGGUGUGCCGGCACUUAGGGCGAGAUUGGAGAUGGACUCAGCGGAAGAGACAGCCUGACAGCUACUUCAGUGUUCUCAAUGCUUUCCUUGACAGGAAGGACAGCUACUACUCCAUCCACCAGAUAGCGCAAAUGGGAGUUGGCGAAGGCAAGUCUAUAGGCCAGUGGUACGGGCCGAACACUGUUGCUCAGGUCCUCAAGAAGCUGGCUGUAUUCGACACAUGGAGUUCCCUGGCUGUUCACAUAGCAAUGGACAACACUGUGGUGAUGGAGGAAAUCAGAAGGUUAUGCAGGGCCAGCCUUCCCUGUGCUGGGGCUGCUGCACUGCCUACUGAUUCAGAGAGGCACUGUAAUGGGUUCCCUGCUGGGGCUGAAGUCACCAACGGGCCAUCGGCUUGGAGACCACUAGUGCUUCUCAUCCCUCUCCGCCUGGGGCUGACAGACAUCAAUGAGGCCUAUGUGGAGACGCUGAAGCACUGUUUCAUGAUGUCCCAGUCGCUGGGUGUUAUUGGAGGGAAGCCCAACAGUGCCCACUACUUCAUUGGCUAUGUUGGUGAGGAGCUCAUCUAUCUGGACCCCCAUACUACACAGCCUGCGGUGGAGCUGACUGACAGCUGCUUUAUCCCUGACGAGAGCUUCCACUGCCAGCACCCUCCCUGUAGGAUGGGCAUUGGAGAGCUUGACCCAUCCAUUGCUGUGGGAUUUUUCUGUAAGACUGAGGAAGACUUUAACGACUGGUGUCAGCAAGUCAAAAAGCUAUCCCAGCUUGGAGGUGCCCUGCCCAUGUUUGAGUUGGUGGAACAGCAGCCUUCUCAUCUGGCCUGCCAGGAUGUCCUGAACCUGUCCCUAGCCCACCCCUGCCGAGUGCUGUUCACCUGUGCCACCUCUGUCCCGAGGCCUGCUCUGCUCAUGGACCAAGGACUGUGGUGCCUGGAGGCCUUAAUGCGUGGAGUCAGACUGCCUAAGCCCAAACACACGAAGGGUCUGUCCACAUGAAGUCGCUCAUCAGAAGGCCUAGUCAGGAAGAGCAGUGGGGUCAGGAGCUUCCAGAAUUCUCCACUCGACACUGCCAGCCCUGGUCAGCGCAUCAGCUUUGGUUCUGCUUUCUUCUGGGCACCUGGGUCUGUGGUUUAUUUGGAAUUAAAGCCCUGUUUGAAGUUGUUUAACAAAGACAUGAAUUUCUGGGGCACUUCCCAGUCAGUCUUAGAAGACCUGCAGGUUGUCGUGUACAGAGUGACAGCCACAUCAUGGCCUCAUACUGCUGGGCAGGGUGGGCUCUGCGCUGUCUCCUCUGCCCAGUGUGAUUUACCAAGGGCUACCUCAGUGGGAACAUGUAUGGAGAGAAUUCCAGCAAGGCUGCUACUUGCUUUGGAGAGAAAGUAUUCUUGUGGGGCAUUUGGAAAACCCAAAGAUGUCAGUGUCCGUGGGCACAGGAUGGACACCUGACCCUUGGCAGCUGACAAGCUCCUGGGGCUUCUGGAGUUAUGGUCAUGAGGCUCCCCAUUAGGACCUCAUUGGGGAAGAGAGAUGGUUCAUGGCACACGCCUGCUGCUCUUAGCCACCCAGCCUCCCUCUGGGAGGAGAGGGAGGGAGCAGAGCUGCUCUGUGCUUGAGGCGCCGUGCCCACUGGUGGUAGGGUACGCACUGCUACUUGAGCCUUCCUCCAUGUUCUUUCCCUUCUCAGAAACCUCCUGGGGCACAGGAAAUUGUAGGUGGUUUGGGGCCAAAGGGGUAAAAGUACUACAGCUUUUUGGUGCAUCAUAGACUUUAGAUAGAGCAGGUAGCUCUAGGCACUCACAGGUGAAGAGGUCAGGCCUCCUUAGCAUUGUUUCCAUACCUGCCACUUUCUAACCCUGGCUUUCUGGGCCUUCAAGCUCUUGAUGCUCUAGAUCUGCUGUCUUAGAAAACCACCUUUCCUCCCCCUAGAUAUGAGCAGGGUGUGGCAGUGUGGGGAGGCCCAUGCAAGAGCCUUGCUAAAAGCCCUUCCCAAGAGCCUGUAGGUGGGUGAGGCUGGAGCCAAGCAGCAGAUAUAGCAGUUCUAAGCCCACAACGUAGAAGCGAUCCCUGCCUAUCAAGUGUUGACAUAUUUAUUUCAUCGUACUCUUUCUCUCUUGUACCUUCACUUCAGAUGGGUGGGGCAGGGGGAGGCCAGGACAGUUUCCAUUCUUCCGGAGCUUGUUUCCUGAGUCCAGGAGCCAUUGUGCUACCACCCAGGGUCUUGCUGUAACUCCUGCUGUUCGUAGCAAGGGAUGGACAAUGGAACACUCCAACCUGAGGGAACCCUGAGGUUCCUGAGGGUGUUCAUUCUUAGUAGUGUAGUUUGCAAUUCUUAACGGUAAAUAAUAAGUUUCAGUAGAAAACA